UCGUGUUGCGCGCUAUUUUUAAAAUUGGGAUUUAAAUCCGAAAUGUGUUAAUUAAGUACCAGAGACCUGGAAAAACAAUUGUGCAAAUAAAAAUAAACACAUUUUAUUAUUUCUGUCAGACGCGAAAUUAAAUAAAGAAAUAUAAGAUGGAGAUGCAGCUGCAGUGGAAGUACUGGCUGAUGUUCCUGCUUGGACUGUCGAGUUUCAGCUCCGGCUAUCGGAUUCUCUUCAUGGGCCCCUUCCCGGCCCCCAGCCACUGGCUCUGGCUCGAGCACUUCCAGAGGGAUCUCCUCCGCCAGGGCCACCACGUGACCAGCGUGAACAACCACCCUACCAAGCAGCCCCACGAAAACCUCACGGAAAUCAUCAUCAGUCCCUCCUUUGACAUUCCCAAGCAUUUUCCCAAAAAGAACAUCUUUACCAUGCAGUUCGCCAGCGACUUCCAGAACUUGCAGCUAUGGUGGACCAUAGGGCUGAUGACCACCGAGCACGCUUUCAAGGACCCCAAAGUCCAGGACCUGAUUACCAGCCAGAACGACCACUACGACUUGGUCAUCCUAGAGCAGUUUUUCCACGAAGCCUUCCUCAUGUUUGGCAGAAAGUUCAACUGUCCCGUCGUCACAAUCGGAACAAUGGGAUACGCGGACAACAUGGACCAUGCCAUGGGAAUCCUCACUCCCUGGUCUGUGAUCCCGCAUCUGCUUCUGUCCCACACGGAUCAGAUGACCUUCAGCCAGCGCGCCUACAACGCCUACAUAUCCUUGUACGAUGCUGUGAUGCGACGAUGGUUCUAUUUGCCCAAAAUGCAGGAGCUGGCGGAGAAGUAUUUCCAGGGUGUCAUCAAAGGUCCCCUGCCCCACGUCCACGAUCUGGAGCGCAACAUCUCCCUGAUGCUGAUCAACAGCCACCGUAGUGUGGACCUGCCUCGUCCUAGUAUGCCGGGACUCAUAGAUGUGGGAGGAGCCCACAUUCAGCCCGCCCAGCAGCUGCCCGAUGAUCUGCAAGCCUUCCUAGACAAGGCCACACACGGUGUGGUAUACUUCAGCCUGGGAUCCUACAUGAAGAGUACCGACAUGCCGCCCGAGAAGACCGCCCUCAUUCUGAAGGCCUUCGGGCAGCUGAAGCAGCAGGUCAUCUGGAAGUAUGAAAACGACUCUAUCGGGGAGCUGCCCCCGAACGUCUUGAUUCGGAAGUGGAUGCCCCAGAACGACAUACUAGCCCAUCCGAACGUGAGGCUCUUCAUCACCCACGGCGGCAUUUUCGGCACCCAGGAGGGUAUCUACUGGGGCGUGCCGAUGCUGUGCAUUCCCCUGUAUGGGGAUCAGCACCGGAACACGAUUAAGUCCGUGAGGGAGGGCUACGCCCGUUCCCUGGUCUUCUCGAAACUCACCGUCGACGACUUGGUGAGAAACAUUGAGACCCUGAUCUAUGAGCCUCAGUACAAGAAGAGUGCCCUGGAGGUCUCGCAACGCUUCCGCGAUAAUCCCAUGCAUCCGCUGGCGGAAGCCACCUUCUGGAUCGAGUACAUAAUGCGGCAUCGGGGGGCACGACAUCUCAAGUCGCAGGGCGCCUUUCUGCCCCUCUACCAGUACCUCCUGCUUGACAUCCUCGGCUGCGUUCUUCUGGGCGCUUUUCUUGCCAUAUGGCUGCCUUGGAAGAUGCUCAGGAGGGCUCACAAAUGGUGGAUCAAGGGAGGGGAAGUCACCACGAAACUGAAUGAAUCCAAGAAGCGCCUUUAGAAGCCCGCUCCACCUGUUGAUAAUGCCAAUUAGCUUUUAAGGUUGUGCCGGAUGAACUAAAUAAUGUUAAAUAAAUUGUGAUAUAUGAUUAGAUCGCAAAUUGUUCAGAAAUAUAUAUAGUUUUUAAAACCAA